AUGCGACCUAAGUUGCCGCUCAGAAAGCCCCGAAGCCGCGUGAAGGACGAACUGGCCUUUGUGUUUGUGGAUGCUACCGGCGCUUCUAAUGCAAAGACCAUCGUCCGGCGGCACGCUGCAAGAUCAGGUCUCAUCCGUCGCCAGGAAAAUAUCACCACGCUGCCGGAUUCUCGGGAGUUAAUACCCGCAGCAACGAGGGCUCCAAGCGUAACUUCUCCUACCAAGGAUAGGCAUGGCAUGUGCAAGGGAAAUACUCUGCGUAACGUCUCAAAUCUCGGAUCUGUGCCGCAGCCCUUGUCCAGUAGAUAUGAGACAUUCAGGCUUAGCUACAAUUUCGAUAUAACAGAUCUGACCAGUUUUACCGAUGUGGAUCUUGCCACCAAUGCUUACCGCUUGCUGCGAGAUGAGCCAAAUCGCCUCGUUAGCCUUCUCCAGAAACAGUAUUCAUCCUUUUUGGCCUACCUGCCAAGCCGCUAUGGCUCUAGCACUUGCCUUGAUGAUGCUAUGCAUUGUGUUGCUGCAAGGGCGGGCCAAAUGCUUGGCUUCCAGAUGCCAAAGUCUAUGCCCUAUAUUCUCUAUGGAAAGGCAUUGAAGAGCCUACAAAUUGCCAUUUCAGACGGUGCAGAAUACACAGUAUCAGACAUCUACUGCGUAACGCGGCUUUUGGUACUGUACGAGGUGAGCCACCCUUAUGUCCAACCAAGGAAUGGUUUUAACGGUACCGUCGUUCAGUUAAUCGGCCCUCCUGAUACAACUCGCCUGGCCCAUCAUCACAGGGGUGGCAUCAGACUAGUUGAACUUCGAGGACCUGAGUGCUAUACAUCCAAAUUCGACUGGAUGCUUCUCAAAAGCCAAGGUCCAUCCAUUAUAAUAGACGAGAUGUACAGGAAGGAAUCGUCGAUCUUUGAGGCCCAAGAGUGGCAACGUGUCUUCCAACGUGCUUCUGAUCUCCAAUCGGACUCGGACUGCCGCCUCUGGUGGAAGUAUUUUGGGAUAACAGGCUUCCUGCCGGGUAUGCUGAAGGAUCUACGGAACCUUCUCGAAGAUGCAACACAUCAAUUCGGGUACUUUGUAGCAAGUUCAGCUAUUCUUGAUCGAGCAAAAGGUAUGCACAAGGCGCUGCACAAUGAGCACGUUUUCUACCAACAUGCAACACCACACCCACAGUCACUUUUCAGCCUUCCCGUCGCAGCCGAGUCACCCGAUCGCAUCAGGCUUCGCGUAUUCUUUCUAUAUACUAUUAUGUAUAUAUGCCGUGUUCUGGCGACCCUUUCUCCGACAGAGAUAGAGCGGGCCACCAGUGAGGUUGAAGCACAGAUGUUCGCAAGUCAGGCGUUACUCAUCGAAGAGGUGACCACCAAGCUAGAUCCAGCCAUGGCCUGGCAUCUACAGCAGAGGAAUGGUUUAGCCCAUUCGAUUAUACAAAAGAAAGAAGAAUGGUUUUCCGAUAAUGAGCUUGGCAUGUCUCGGGAUAAGCUGAAAAGCUUUCUUGCAAAACGGUGGCUGAAGUGGGAGAAUACAUGGAGAGCCGGAGUUUUGGCCGAAGAAUUAGGAGAAAACGAAGUUUGA